GGCUGGAGCGGCGGGCGGGCCGAGUGUGCCGGUCCCCCCGCCACUCACCUACUCCGUGUGUUAUCGUCGCGUCGCUGUCGGGCGGCGGUGGGUGGUGGCGCACGGAGGCGGUGUUAGUGUGUGUGCGUGAUAUUGGCUGGUUGUAGGACCAUUGACGGCUGAGUUUCUCGAAAAUGUCCGGUUCGGAGAUGACGUCUGUGCCGGCCGUCCAGCGGGUGAUGGGCGCCUCUGUACGGAUUGCCGACCGGGCUGCCGAGAUCAUCAGAGGCAUCCUCCGAGCCGGAGAUCUGGGCAUCGUACAGAAAACGGGCAUUAACGACCUGCAGACGGAGGCGGACCGGUCGGCGCAGCGCUGUAUCGUGGCCAACCUGGCGCGCCAGUUUCCCCGGCUCACCAUCAUCGGAGAGGAGGAGCCGGACGACCGACCGGUGCCCGACGACUGGAUCGUCGAGUCCGGCGCUGACCCGCGCGCGGAGACGCUCCAGUGUCCCGAGGGCCUGACCGGCAUCACGGAGGACCAGAUUGUUGUGUGGGUGGAUCCGCUGGAUGGAACUAAGGAGUUCACUCAGGGCCUGCUGGACCACGUGACGGUGCUGAUCGGUAUCGCUGCCGGCGGUGAGCCCGCGGCGGGCGUCAUCAACCAGCCGUAUUUCAACUACCAGCACCCGUCGGAGCCGCAGGGGCGCACCAUAUUCGGUCUGCGCGGCGGCGGCGUGGCCGGCUUCGAGCCGCGCGCGCCGCCGGCCGACUCCCGUAUCGUUACCACCACCCGCAGCCACAGCACGGGCCUGGUACAGAGCGCCCUGCAGGCCCUGCAGCCCGACCAGGUGCUGGCCGUCGGCGGCGCCGGACACAAGGUGAUGCUGCUGCUCGAGGGACGCGCGCACGCCUACGUGUUCGCCUCGCCUGGCUGCAAGAAGUGGGACACGUGUGCACCGGAGGCGAUCCUCACCGCGCUCGGCGGCCGACUGACCGACAUCCACGGCGUCCAGCUGCGCUAUGGGGCCGACGUGCAGCACAUGAACGCCACGGGCGUACUGGCCACGGCGCCCGGCGUGGAGCACGACUGGUACGUCCAGCACAUCCCGGCCGACGUCCGCGACGGCCUCAAACCCAAGUCGGGCUGAGCGGUGACUUGAUGCACAGUCUGGCUGAACAGAAGGCGAUGUGUCGAGAAACGGCGGCAGAAUCACUUCAGACCAAAGUAGAGACGGCGAGUUAAAUGGGGGACAUCUAGGACAGUCCCAUGAGGAGGCCGAGGAGGGUAAUAAGGAGUAGUCACAGCCAGGGCUGUGGAGUCUGGAUUUUCGCUGAUUCCGAAUUCGACUCCGAAUCCGGCUUUCAGAAAUCAUCGUCUCCGGUCAGACUGUCAGAACUGUCGACUCCGACCGACUCUGACUCCGCAGCCCUGGUCACAGCAGACACGCGGGACGGGAGAGAGCCUGCCAGACAAGGCGGUAGACGUACGGGUGCGGGUAUUCCGACUUCGUCGUCUUCCAUUUUUGGGACGUUUUGUUCCCGUCUAAGUAUUGCAGUCCUGCCUCAGAAGUCAGAGGUGCUUGAAGUUUAUCGAUACAAUCGAGUGGUUUGGCCUAGUCAGUUUUGUGACACCGUUCAUUUGUAAUUUUGGAUCUAUAGUAUUGGAUCACUUUUCAAUAGUCUCUUGACCAGCAUGCAGUGGCAGCUUGUGUCGAUGCCCAGCUGAUAGCAUGCUUGUUGUUUUUCACUCUGACGAUAAUACGGCCCGCGAUGAACCCAUAGUACCACUCUGGGCUGACCACACGGUCACAUGAUACCCUAUACUCGACAGCCGUUGUUCAAUGUAUACCGCCGUCGUGGCGGAUCGUGCACGUAUAUCUAUUGUCUGUUGUGAUCGUCAUAUAUUUUAUUUGAAGCGGACGAGGCUGUUUCACGUAGCUCAAGUAGAUGUAUGUGUGGUAUUUAGGCGGCUACCGGCUACCGAUCGGUGGUUGGUGCACAUAUUUGGACCCUGGGACCAAUGGAAGCCUUUCACAUGGGCGCGGUAACUAGGUGUAAUGUUGUUUGCUCUCGCUUUUGUAACGCGAGUUGGUCGUUUGUCUGACUUGGCUAUGCCAUUUGGUGCAAUUGGUGCAAAUAAAACGUCACGAGACAAC